AUGGCUUCUGCUUCAGCUUCUACUACCACUACCCCAGUUCUUCUUCGUGCACGUAACUUUCAGUGGUAUUGGAAUUCAGCGGCUGAUCCCUGGUCUUCAACAGGAGAAAAGUGGCAAAAGUAUUCUGACGUUGAAAAUGAAAUAAUUGAAGAUGCAUUAAACGGGAAAAAGAAAGACGUCGAACUCGAUGGCAACUACGUCGUUAGUCUAAAGCAUGAAGUUCAGUAUAAGAAGGAGGAUAUGAAGAGACAACGUCCAAUCAAACGGGUGCAGCAACCAUCAGAUCGAAGCAACGUUCAUCUGAGAGAGGAAAGAUUUGCAUUACCAAUCGCAUUAGCUAAGAGUACAGGUGUGUCGACGACAACAAGCCAUUCUACAGACAGCGAGUGGGAUGCAUUAGGACACCUACAAAAAUAUGGUAACCUUACUGGUGCUUAUUAUGAACUUGAAAUCAGGGACAAAAACAAAAGCCACACAGAUGUAGUCGAAGAAGCUGCCAAUGGAAUUCUGGCUGAAGGUGCAAAAAUUGGUAAAGAAAAAGAAGCACAGUGGUUAGCUCAAAGAUUACUUGAAGCGAAACAUUUUAGUGAAAACAAAAUAAUAAUACAUAAUACUGAGACAGGUCCAAAAGAAAUUGGCGAGACGUGUAUCUAUCUUUACACUAAAGAAUCGUUUUGGUAUAAACUUCUUAACUCCCUACUUCGUAAUUAUCAAACGAUCACACGAGAACAAGUGAAGACGGUGGGACCAUUCUGUUGGUUACUUGAGAGAUAUACAGUUGGAAAUAUGAACGACGUAUUAACCGUCUAUAGAGGUCUUACAGUUACCGAUGAAGAACGAAAGAAUUUCAUGAAAGGACGAGUAAAAUUCACCGCCUUCACUUCAACAAGUCGAGACCGGAGACUUGCUGAAAUCUUCGGUAACACAUUAUUGAUAUUUGAUUUGGAUGCGAAAUAUCUAUGGGAUGAUAGCAGGAAUAUUCAGUGUGCAAUGGACGUGUCAGCUAUUUCUGAUUUUCCUAAUGAAGAAGAGUUUACAAUAAUUCCUGGCCAGUGCUUUGAUGUUGUUCGUCAUGAAUUUGACGAUAACACGAAGAAAUAUAUUAUUUAUCUUAAAGUAACCAACUACGCUGUAUGA